AUGGAUAAGGACGGCGUGAAGACCCCCUUGUGGAAGAAGGAGCCGGAGGAGCCGGGGGUCCGGGAGGAGGAGGCGGAGGAGGAGGGGUCGGAGGAGGAAGACGAGGGGAGGCAGCCGCCGGAGAGUGCGGCCGCGGGCGAGAGGGGGAGCCUCCCGGAGGAGCCGUGCGUGCUGCAGACCCAGGGGCCGCCACCGAGCGGCGGGGGUUGCGAGCUCUGCGAGAUCCUCUUUUGCAAGAAAUGCAGGACCCUGCACAGCAACCCGGCCUACGUGGCGCACUGCAUUCUGGAGCACCCGGAUCUGGGUGAGGCGCGGGCUUCGGGCGGGGCGGGGGCCGCCGGGGGCCCCCACUGA